AUGAGUUGCAAUACGAAUGUGCCAAACCUGGAGAAACAUCUCAGCCGGUGGCUUAUGGUUGCAGGAACUGAAUCUAUCAAGCGUGAUAAUGUGAAAGACUUUAUCAGAUGGUCUUUCUUCGGGCCUGCAUACACCCUGGAGCAAGCCCAGCAGGAUGAGGGGGAUAUCGAGUCCUAUACAGCAGAAAUUGAGAAGCUGAUUGGACGAAAAUUACCACCGGGAAGAAUGGACGUCAAAGGCCUAGGACAGCUCCUAGAUGAAGCAGGUGGCUUACAUCGAAGUCUACUAUGGUACACUUGCGUCUUCGUGGUUGACACGAUGACGUACUGCAAAAUGCUAUACAAUGGGUUCGACUUUUAUCGCAAUUCGUUUUCGCGGUUCUUCACCGUCUUUCCAUUUCGGCCUCUGACGAUACUCACGAAGUUUCGAUCACCAGCACCACACCUGACAUACUGGCAUCGACGGCAUACUUCCAAAAAGCGGCUACCCGUAUUAUUCAUCCAUGGUAUCGGAGUUGGCCUGUACACUUACACGAGCUUCCUUCGAGACCUCAACAAUGAACUAGAGUCGGAAGCGACCGACGACAAUGAGGUUGGCAUCAUCGCACUUGAGAUCAUGCCAGUAAGCUCUCGGAUAACCUAUCCAGCUCUGGAAAAUGAUGUGAUGAUUUGUGAGAUUAUGAAGAUAAUGCGGUAUCAUGGAUGGAACAAAUUCGUGCUUGUGUCUCAUUCUUAUGGCUCCAUAAUCGCUGCACACCUUCUUAAGUCCGAUCAGUGUGCUCCCCUCGUCGGGCCUGCCGUCUUCAUUGAUCCGGUUUCAUUUCUUCUCCAUCUGCCCGAUGUGACAUACAACUUCAUAGCCCGUCGGCCAGCACGGGCCAAUGAAUACCAGCUGUGGUAUUUUGCAAGUAAAGACAUAGGAGUUGCGCAUACAUUGGCAAGGAGAUUUACCUGGGUUGAUAAUAUCCUUUGGAAGGAGGAUCUUGGGAUAAAGACCGAACAGCACCAGCACGGUAGAAAUGUCACUGUUGUUUUAGGCGGUAAGGAUUUGAUUGUGGACACCGAAACAGUGGGGCAGUACUUGGUGAGCUCAUCAUCAGAAGUUAGGACAGCUGAGAAAGAAGCAACACCUGCAUGGAAAAAUAAACCCUGGAUGGGGUGCGGGCUUGAGCUGCUGUGGUAUGAACAUUUGGAUCAUGCCCAGGUCUUUGAGUCCGAGACUACUAGGCGGCCAGUCAUUAAAGCCAUCUCUGCAUAUUCAAACACAGGAUGA